AUCCAAGAUAUUAUUUAGCUCAACAAAAUCCUUGCGCAGUGAAAAGAAAAAGUUACAGCGACUGUUUUACUAUAAAAGGCGUCUUCUUCUUCUUCUUCGGUUAUCUUCCUAAGAUCACUCCCCUUUCACGAUGGGUGUUGAGGUUGUAAAUUACGGUGGAUUUGAGGUUGUUCCGGCUCCUUUCGAAGGGAAAAUGGACCAAGGCAACAAAGGAGAUAAAUACUCCAUCAAGUUCGGUUCACUCGGUGAGCCGCCAAAGAAAGCCCAAGAGAACAACAAUGUGUUGAUCUCUGAUGUACCUAAAGAUGCAGCAGAAGAGUGGCCUGCAGCUAAGCACAUCCACUCUUUCUACUUUGUUAAGUACCGUCAUCUCGACGACCCCAAGAUCAAAGCCAAGCUUGACUUAGCUGAGAAGGAGCUCGAGAAGCUGAACAAGGCCCGUGCUGCAGUUCUCGACCAGUUGAAAGCUAAGAGGGCGGAGAGAUCAGAGUUAUUUGACCUGUUGGACCCGUUGAAGACCGAGCGUCAGGGGUUCAACACCAAGUUUGACGAGAAAAGAAAGGAGAUGGAACCGUUGCAGCAAGCUCUGGGAAAGCUAAGGGGCAAUGAUGGUGAAAACUCCCGUGGACCCGCUAUCUGUUCUUCAGAAGAAGAGCUGAACAAUAUGAUAUACAGCUACCAAUACCGGAUUCAACACGAAAGCAUUCCAUUGACGGAGGAGAAGCAGCUUCUCAAAGAGAUUAGGCUGCUUGAAGGGACAAGAGAUAAGGUCAUUGCUAAUGAGGCUGUGAGAGCCAAAAUCAAAGAGUCUUUGGGUCAGAAAGAUGAUAUUCAAGGUCAAGUUAAGUUAAUGGGUGCUGGCUUGGAAGGAGUGAAGAAGGAGAGGCAAGCUAUUUCAGCUAGGAUUAGUCAGCUGAGUGAGAAAGUGAAAGCAGCGAAAGAUGAGAUUCAGGUCCUAGAGAAUGAGCUGAAGGCUGCGAGUGAAAAGAGGGACGAAGUUCAUUCAAACAUUCUUGAGAUUAGGAAGCAACGGCAUGAGACGAAUUCAGGGUUUUACCAAGGCCGUAAUGUGUUGAACAAAGCAAGAGACUUGGCUGUACAAAAGAACAUAAACGAGCUUGAGGCGCUCGCCAAUGCCGAGGUUGAGAAAUUCGUGUCCCUCUGGUGCAGUAAGAAGAAUUUCAGAGAAGAUUAUGAGAAGAGAAUCUUGGCAUCACUUGAUGCUAGGCAGCUGAGCAGAGAUGGCCGGAUGAGGAACCCUGAAGAGAAGCCUCUGGUUACUCCAGAGGCACCAGCAGCAGCAAAGGCAACCGAGGUUGUCCCUAAAGCUAAGGCAAAGCAGCAGCCAAAGGAGGAACAAGUUUAUACACCUGAAUCAGAUGCUGCUCCUGUUUCUCAGAAGACUGAGAAAGCUAAAGAUGCAGUGAAAGUAAAGAACGUUGUUGUUGAUGAUGAUGAUGAUGAUGAUGAUGAUGAUGAUGAAGUAUAUGGUCUUGGAAAGCCGCAGAAAGAAGAUGAGAAAAAGAUAGAUGAAGCUACGGUGAGAGAGAUGAGAAAGCAAGAGGAGAUUGCUAAAGCCAAGCUAGCCAUGGAAAGGAAAAAAAAGCAGGCAGAGAAAGCUGCUGCUAAAGCUGUGAAAAGAGCUCAAAAUGAAGCUGAGAAGAGAGAAAAAAAGGAGCGAGAGAAGGAAGCCAAGAAGAGCUUUGAUGCCGAGGCUAUCUCUGAGGAAGUUCCAGAAGCUUCUGAUGCUGAGAAGGAGGAGGUUGAAGCUCCAUUGGAGGAGAAACCGCAGAAGGCAAAAGCUUUGAAGGAGAAACCAAUAAGGAACAGGAUACGCAGUAGAGGAGGACCAGAAACACUCCCAAGAGCAAUCCUCAAGCGUAAGAAGUCGACUAAUUACUGGGUUUGGGCUGCUCCAGUUACUCUUGUGGUACUGAUGCUUCUUGUCUUGGGUUACUACUACGUUCUCUAGAUCAAACAAGGCUGCGUUAUUGUAGUUUGGGAUGUUUUAUAGCUUGGAUUUUUACCUUUCUUUUGAGGAUAAAACUCUUAAAGCUUAUUCCUCAUUUAUAUACAAGUAGAGACCCUUCCCUAAAGUACUUUUUACAUUUCACUUCUGUUGUUGAGGCUUUAAUCCUUUUAACUUUGAAGAAAGAAAACAACUUUUGUUACAUUUUUA